AUGAAGGAUGCCAUCUACCGUUAAACCUCAGAGAGAAGAAGAAGCAGCAGCAGAAACUAGACACAGCUAAUAACGUUUUAUAGGAAUAAAAACACACUAUAGCUGAUCUUGGAUGAAUCUAUAAACGGAUAUUUGUUUUCAAGGAAAAGGGCGUUUUGAAGAGACAAACAUGAGCAGUUUCAGUAGACCCGACAGACACAGGACCCCGUCAUUCACCAGGGCAACACACCUUGGAGCAUCCCAGGCUGACCUGGAGAGAGAUUCAGGCUUCUCAGAUACCAGCUCUGAGUACCUCAGUACAGUCGAUCUGACUGACUCUGAAGAUGCAGGAAGGAAUGGGUCGAUAGUCGGCCAGGACCCGACUGGUCCGCAGGUGGCUGUGACGGGAGGCUCAUACGCUGGACUCUCGCCAAUGAUCAUCAUGAAUAACUUUGUCUUAAAGCAGCCAUCCUCGAUGGCUCCAGCAGAGAACCAGUGGGGCUUUCCUUCACCCUUGGAAGUGAUGCCUCAGUCACAGGUGGUUCUUCUUCAACCCAUGGUAUCAAAUGGUAGCAGCAGCAGCUCCUCAACGACUGGCCCUGAAAAUAUCCGACAAUCAAAAAGCUACUUGCCCAUCCUCAAAUCAUAUCCCAGAAUCGCACCACACCCAGCGGAUGCGCCCACUAAGAGGGUGGGAUCCUCAAAGGUGAGGGUGAGUUCAACGUCAGGAUAUGACCAGCGAAAGAAGAGGCACCACCACGGCCACAGGCUCCACAGCUCGCCCAGCCCGCAGCCAGCACUGCAGACUACAAUGAAACCCAUCUCAAACUUUGAAGCAGCAAACAGCCAAUCGGAGGAAGCUGAGAGUCAGGAGCAACUCGGUGACAAGCCUCUCUCCCCGCUGGCAGGGAGCAGCCCUCUGCUCCCCUGCACAGAUGAAUUCAGGACAGAUAUUGACAAUAACAUGAUGGAUGCUGACCAGGACGACGCACUCUCGAUGGACGGUAACAAACUGAAACGUUUCAGCAAUACCUACAACAUUCUUCACAAAUCUGGCUUGCUGGGGAUCACCAUGCGCACAAAGCAGCUGAUCAAGGAGAAUAAGCGCACCCAAGGCCAGCUGCAGCAGCUUCAGGAGCAAACGGCUCUGCUGCUGGAGGCUCAGAGCAGCGGGGACCCGCAGCUCUGGACUAAACUGCAGCUCUCUCUGCAGCACCGAGACAAGGAGCAAUGUGGAGCUAAAGCUCAGAGAGUCCUGGCGUAAUAUAUCGAUGGACAUGACCAGCGGUUCUCAAUCAGGGGGUCACAAGAUGAUUUAUUGAAUGUGAAAACAUAUAUCUCAAAUCUUUACGAUAUAAGCAGUCUUCGUGUGAAAUAAUCAAUUCAGUAUAUAGCAUUAUAAAUAAACAAACAAUAACUAAACUAAAGUAUAUACUUUCACGCUUUUAUCAGGACAAAUCGUACAAAUCAUCUUAACAUUCAGAACUGCUGGUCUAAGAUGAAGCUGAAGCACAUGGAUACUAAGUGGGAGUUAAGAAGCAUGCUUACAUUUCAAACCCUUGCCUAUAAUGAAUUUUCUUGCGUCUGUUGUUUCAAAAUAGCAAGUAUCACUUGCAAUAGGGCUAUGGCUUCUAAAGUUUGAAAUUCUAAUUGCAUAAAAAGCAUGUAUACAUCACAUGUGAGGGCACAUAGGGUUAAUUCCUUGUAAAUGCCCUGAAUGUGAUUGCUGUAGGGAAAAUACACGCAUCAUUUUUAAACUCAGUGUGGAUACAUGUGGCCUGUGUUUCAAUUUCCAUUUUACUGAGAUCUUGAAUCAACAGGACAAUGUCUUUUUGAAUUGACGAUAUUUUUAAAUUGGAUGGUAAAUGAAUGUGACUGAGCAGAUGCCUCCUUUGUGAGGAAGUGUAUAUACUAACGGCUUUUAGGCUCAAACAACAGCUGGAUAGCUCACAGUGAGAGUUCAGAGGGCUGGCAAAACCAUAACAUUGUUAUGUUUUUUUAUAUAAUUUUGUGUGUCAGUAUUAUUUAUUUGUAAUAAUGUUUCUGACCAAGACUAAAGCUGUGUGAAUAAGAUAAACAAACCAAGCACAUUAUAACGAGUUAGCCAGUUCACUGGUAAAGCAAGUUCCUUUUUUCAAACGAUGUCUUUAAGAACUACGUAGGCAUUUGCGAAAGCUUAAACUGUAGCAAGUGAAGUGCUGUAGCCAUAUAUUUUUCUCUUGACUUUGCAUACAGUAUGUUGCUGCCAUGUUCAUUCCUGCUGCUUAAGCUUAGUGUUAUGUAUUAAUUGAAAUUUCAAGGCAAAGAAACGGCAACUAGUUUCAUAUUUAAACUCUUGCACUUUAGUUAUAAGAUUACUGACAACUUUUUUAGACAAGAUGUUACAACCUGUAUCCCUAAAUGAGCAUUUCUGUCCUGAUAAAACAAUGUGAAUAUAAAUGUUUAUCUGGGUGCCUGUGCCUUUUUGGAUAUGUUCAUGUUUGCACUUCAUAUCAAUGCUUGAGCAUCUUAGAUUUGUGAACUUCAUGUGGAAGAAAGUUGAAUGUACUUAAAGGUCUCCAAAGAUUUAAUAUUCUUAUCUGAAACAAAACAAAUCAAGCCCUGGCUAGGCAGUAUGUUCAGACUUGAUGUAGAAAGAAUAGCAUGAAGACAAGUGAAGUCAUAAAUGGUUCAGUUUUAAAUGUUGAGUCGAGGUUAACUGUUGUAUUAUUUAUUUUAGAAACAAUAUACUAUUGUUGCAAUAAUUUCUAAUCAUGAGUGGUUGUAAAACUAAGAAAUAAUCAUAUUAGCCUUGGUUGUAAAAGGGCAAAAGUAGGGUUACAAAAAAUAUUUUAAGAUUACUAUUCAGAGAUGGCUUUUUUCCUGUUAUUGUGAAAAGUGCUUUCUGUGUCGUUUCUUUAGCAAAUGUCACUUUGACUAAUAAUCAUAAAACUCUGUUUGAAGACCA